AUGGGCUGGGUUAUUACGGCCUAUCGUGUCACCGAUAACCCAAGCACAAUGGCUACGUUUCCGAAGAAGAAGUGCGGUGUUCUCGGUGCUACUGGCUCUGUAGGCCAGAGGUUUAUUCUUCUGCUCGCCGACCAUCCCUUCUUGGAGCUUCAAGCCAUAGGAGCCUCAGAACGGUCUGCGGGAAAGAAGUACAAGGAUGCCGUGAGAUGGAAGCAGAGCACGGCAAUGUCGGAGAAACUUAGCAACUUAGUCUUGCGGGAUUGCAAGGCGGAUCAAUUCAGUGACUGUGACCUUGUAUUCUCCGGCUUGAACAGUGAUGUUGCGGGCGAUCUCGAGAUGCAAUUCAUCAAAGCCGAGAUUCCUGUUUUCUCGAAUGCAAAGAACUAUCGCAAAGAUCCCAUUGUCCCCCUCGUUGUUCCUACAGUGAACCCUCAACACCUUGACCUUAUUCCUCACCAAAGGAAACACUUUGGGCUCAAGAAGGGCUUCCUUGUUUGCAACUCAAACUGCGCUGUCAUCGGAAUUGUAAUUCCGUUCGCCGCUCUUCAAGCCAAGUUUGGACCUGUGGAGGAAGUAGAGGUGUUCACGGAACAGGCCGUUUCGGGGGCUGGCUAUCCCGGCGUGCCCAGCAUGGACAUCAUGGAUAAUGUCAUCCCAUACAUCAGCGGUGAAGAAGAUAAGCUGGAGAACGAGGCACAGAAGAUUCUUGGCUCCUUGAAUGCAGAUGCGACCGCCUUCAGCGAGCAAGAAGGGCUCCGGGUUGGAGCGACAUGCACCCGGGUGGGUGUCACCGACGGACAUAUGGCAUUCGUUUCGCUCCGCUUCAAGAACCGCCCAGCGCCCAGCGCCGAAGAAGUGGCGCAAGCAAUGAGGGAUUAUCAGUCUGAAGCCCAGAAGCUAGGUUGCCCCUCCGCCCCGGAAGUGGCAAUCAAGGUCUUUGAUGAGCCCGACAGGCCGCAGCCAAGAUUAGACCGUGAUAUCAACAGAGGGUAUACGGUCAGCGUGGGGCGAGUACGUGAAGGUAACCCUGGUGGUUAUUUCGACAUCAGAUUCGCAGCCCUUUCGCACAACACUGUCAUUGGAGCGGCGGGUUCGUCGAUCCUCAAUGCCGAGGUGGCUGUUAUCAAGGGAUACAUUUAA